AUGAAGAGCCUUUUUCACUGGGAUCAAAAUUCUUCUUUAAUUGCUUCUGUGAUAAUCAUAAUCUUUCUGUUAACAGGCAUUCUUCAUAACUGCUGUGAAGCCUACAAUGUUGGGCUCCUAGAAGCAAAAAUAUUUUCUGGUCCAUCAAAAGAACAGUUUGGAUAUACAGUUCAACAGAUCAUAAAUGAACAAGGCAAAUGGUUGUUGGUUGGUUCACCCUGGAGUGGCUAUCCCUCUAACAGAACUGGAGAUAUCUAUGCAUGUCCUGUUGGUACGUCCAAAACCACAUGUAAAAAACUGAAUUUACAAGCUCUAAUAAAUAUUCCAAACGUGACUGAGAUAAAGGAAGUCAUGAACCUUGGCUUGACUCUGAUACAGAACUCAAAGACAGGAGGAUUUUUGACUUGUGGUCCGCUGUGGGCACAGCAGUGUGGAAGCCAAUACUAUGCAACAGGAGUCUGUUCUGAAAUCAGUCCAAGUUUCCAGCUCCUAAGAAGCUUUACUCCUGCUAUUCAAAAGUGUUCCUCCCUUAUAGACAUUGUGGUGGUUUGUGAUGAGUCAAACAGCAUUUAUCCCUGGGACGCAGUGCGGGCAUUUUUGAAAAAAUUUGUACAAGGCUUAGACAUAGGCCUUAACAAGACCCAGGUGGGUUUAAUUCAGUAUGCUAAUAAUCCCCGUGUAGUGUUCAACUUGAGUACAUAUCAAACAAAGGAUCAGGUUGUUAAAGCAAUGGCGAGAACGUAUCAGAAGGGAGGAGAUCUCACUAAUACUUUCAAAGCCAUUGACAAUGCAAGACAGCAUGCCUUCUCACCUGAAUCAGGAGGACGCCCAACAGCCACAAAAGUAAUGGUUGUUGUGACAGAUGGUGAAUCCCAUGAUGGCUCCAACUUGAAAACAGUGAUAGGUAAAUGCAAUGAAGACAACAUAACCAGAUUUGGCAUUGCUGUUUUGGGAUACUUAAUCAGGCAUGAACUUGAUACUAAAAACUUAAUUAAAGAAAUCAAAGGAAUUGCUAGUUAUCCAACAGACAAGUAUUUCUUCAAUGUGUCUUCUGAGGCUGCACUACUGGAAGAAGCAGGAACACUUGGAGAGCGCAUUUUUAGUAUAGAAGGUACAGAUCAAGGUGAUACAUUCCAAAUGGAAAUGUCACAGGUGGGCUUCAGUGCGUAUUACUCACAGAAAAAGGAUGUUCUGCUGCUGGGUGCUGUUGGGGCCUAUGACUGGAGUGGAACAGUAGUUCAGGAGUCUUCAGAGAUGGUCACCACCUUUCCAAGCCAUGUGUUUGAAAAGAUCCUACAGGACAGAAAUCAUAGUUCUUACCUAGGUUAUUCUGUUGCUGUUCUCUCAACUCAGAGCUCUGUCUAUUUUGUUGCUGGCGCUCCAAGAUCCAACUACACUGGCAGAGUAGUGAUUUAUGAUGUUGACAGUGAUGGUAAUAUCGCAAUUGUGCAGUCCCAGAGAGGCGAGCAGAUUGGCUCCUACUUUGGCAGUGUGGUGUGUUCAGUGGAUGUUAACAGGGAUUCUGUGACAGAUGUGUUGCUCGUGGGUGCACCAAUGUUUAUGAAUGACCUGAAGAAAGAGGAAGGGAGAGUAUACAUGUUUUCCAUCACAAAGGGAAUUUUGGAUCAACAAGAACUCUUGGAAGGUCCACAGGGGUCAGAAAAUGCUCGCUUUGGAUCAGCAAUCACAACACUUGCAGAUAUUGAUUUGGAUGGCUUUAAUGAUAUUGUAAUAGGAGCACCACUGGAAAACCAAAACUCUGGAGCAAUUUACAUUUACAAUGGAUUUCAAAAGACUAUACGUACCAAAUAUUCUCAGAAAAUUUUGGGAUCGGACUCUGCUUUUGGACAACGACUCCAAUUCUUUGGAAGAUCAGUAGAUGGCCAUAGAGACUUAGAUGACAAUGACAUUACUGACUUAUCAGUUGGUGCUGAUGGAAAUGUGAUUCUGCUAUGGUCACGAAGCAUUGCAAAUGUGUCCAUAAUUGCAUCAUUUAAACCUGAGAAAAUCAGUCUCCUGAACAAGAACACAGAAAUAACUGUCGAAAUAUGUUUUCAGGCUACAUUUAGACCUGCUAAGAGAAAUAAUCAAGUGGCUAUAAAGUACAAUGCAACACUGGAUGCAGAUCUCCAGUCCUCUAGAGUGUCUUCUAGAGGAUUGUUCAAAGAAAAUAAUGAAAGGUACAUGCAGAGGGAUCUUGUGGUACGUCAUGAGACUUGUGUUCAUGACAUCUUCAAUGUACAGGAACCUUCUGAUGCAGUGAAUUCACUUAGUUUGCGCAUUGACAUUGGCCUUGCAGAUCCUGGGUCCAGCCCUGUCCUUGACAUAUACUCUCCUGCAUCUGUGGCCUGUAGUAUUCCUUUUGUUAAAGACUGUGGCGAAGAUGAACUUUGUGUCUGUGAUCUUGUUCUGAAUGUUCAGCGGAAGGCAGAUGAUGGCAAACAGCAGUUUGUUGUCAGCAGCAAAAACAGAAGGCUAACAUUCAGUGUGAAAUUGAGAAAUAAAAAGGAAAAUGCAUAUAACACCAGAAUCCAGGCUACAUUUUCAGACAACUUGUUUUUUGCUUCAUCGUCUUUACCGAAUGAUGGAACUGAAGUCUCGUGUCAGACAGGACCAGCACAAAGUACAGUCAUUUGCCAAAUAAGCUAUCCUGUUUUCAGAACAGGACAACAGGUAUCCUUUGAUAUUAGUUUUGAUUUUAACCUGAAAAAUCUUCAGAAUGUGGCAGUUCUAAGUUUUCAUGCAUUGAGUGAAAGUAAGGAAGAGCAAGAAUUGGACAACCAGAUCAGCUUAUCAAUUCCUUUGCGAUAUGAUGCAGAAAUUCACUUCACAAGGCUUGCCAACAUCAACUUUUAUGAAGUAUACUCUGGUCAUAACAUUCCUUCCACUGUGAAUAAUUUUGAAGAUAUUGGCCCCAUGUUCAACUUCUCUGUAAAGGUAACAACAGGAAGUAUCCCAGUAAAGAUGGCGUCUGUAAAUAUCUAUCUUCCAGAAUUCACCAGCAAAGACAAUCCACUGAUGUACAUAACUGCAGUCACCACUGAUGAAGCCAGAGGUGUUACUUGUCAAGCUCAGAAAAAUCCACUGCAGAUAGGGAAAAGACCUUAUUCUGCAUCCUUCAUCAAAGAGAACUUCAGAGCUUCCAAAGAACUGAACUGUAAGAAUGUGAAGUGCAGUACCAUCACAUGCAAACUGGAAGACAUUAUACUGAAGGGAGAGUACUUUGUGAAUGUGUCCACCCGAAUCUGGAAUGGAACAUUUGCUGCUUUAACUUUCCAGACAUUACAACUCUCUGCAGAGGCAAAAAUCAAUACACAUAACCCUGACUUAUUUGUAAUUGGAGAGAAUACUCUAACUAUCCCAGUUACAAUAAUGAAGCCAGAUGAGAAAGCUGAAAUACCAGUUGGUGUUGUUAUUGGUAGUAUAUUGGCUGGACUUCUGCUGCUGUUAGUAUUGGUUGCCGUUUUGUGGAAACUUGGCUUCUUCAAAAGACAGUAUGAGAAAAUGACACAGGAUAUAGAAGAUGUUGAUGAAAUUACAGAACUCACAAAGGACAAAGACUGA